CCUCGCGCGCUCGCGUUUUUAAUUUCUCCUCUGCCAGCGCCCGUUCGCUGCCGGUGUGAUUGGUGAAUCAGGGUCCCAUUGUUAUCUUUUCAGGUCGCAUUCCUUCUUUUUCUCCCCCGACCUUUUUUCACGACAACCAACUUUCUUUCGACAAUAGUUAGGGAAAAACAACAAGAUCGUCUUUGUCCCAUCUGGUUCGUUAAGCUGCAGCGCAGGCUCUUUUCCACAUGUCCGUCACAACAAUGCUCGCCCCUUCGGCGAGAAACUCGACAUCGUCGACAUCGUCUAGUUUCGUACCUGUCACUCGACAGAAUACUAUUGGAUCAGAUGGCGCGCCUAGGUCGGUAAGAGCCUCGAAGAGGUACUCCGUCACGGCGUUGUACCUCUCGAUGUCGGCGCAGGAUAAGGAUAUGGAAAUUGAGGAUGAGCUUGCGAGAGUACAAAAAACACUUCGCGACUUGAAGUCAAGGAUUUCUUCGCAAUCAAAAAAGAAUUUCGUCCUAGAGAAGGAUGUUCGGUAUUUGGAUUCACGGAUAGCUUUGUUAAUUCAGAAUAGGAUGGCUUUGGAGGAGCAAAAUGAGGUUGCAAGCCAUUUCGAUGAGUCGUCUGAGUUGCAGGAGGGCACUUUCCCUGAUGAUCGGAAAACUCAGCAAUAUGGAAACUUGUUCUUCCUCCUUCAAUCCGAGCCUCGCCAUAUUGCGGCUCUUUGCCGCCUUGUUAACAUGGCUGAGAUCGACUCCCUUCUUCAGACCGUUAUGUUUACGAUUUAUGGAAAUCAGUACGAAAGCAGAGAAGAACAUUUGCUGCUCACCAUGUUCCAGUCUGUAUUGUCAGCCCAAUUCGACACCACACCAGAAUAUUCAUCCCUCCUUCGUGCGAACACACCUGUCUCUCGAAUGAUGACAACCUACACUCGCCGUGGACCUGGACAGAGCUAUUUAAAGGUGGUACUAGCAAAACAGAUUAAUAAUCUAAUCGAAUUGAAGGACCUCAAUCUCGAAAUCAACCCCUUAAAGGUUUAUGAACGGAUGGUUAAGAAUGUGGAGGAGGAUACCGGCACUCUCCCGGCCAACAUGCCGAGAAGUGUUUCCGCAGAGGAAGCUGCCGAGAAUCCUCAGGUCCAGGCAAUUAUCGAGCCUCGCUUGACAAUGUUGAUGGAGCUUGCAAAUACCUUUUUGUCAACCAUUAUUGACAACAUCAAUGAGACGCCAUAUGGGAUUCGGUGGAUUUGCAAGCAGAUCCGAAGUUUGACUAGGAGGAAAUAUCCUGACGCGAAGGAUAAUAUUAUUUGCACACUCAUCGGCGGUUUCUUCUUUCUACGAUUCCUCAACCCAGCAAUCGUUACCCCUCGUUCAUAUAUGCUUAUCGACAAUAUUCCGUCCGAGCACCCGAGGCGUACUCUCACCCUCAUUGCCAAGAUGUUGCAGAACUUGGCCAAUAAGCCAUCUUACUCCAAGGAGCCAUAUAUGGCUAAGCUAUCGCCCUUCGUGACGGCCAAUAAGAACAGAAUUAGCAAAUUUUUGAAUGACUUAUGCGAAGUUGGUGAUUUUUAUGAGUCCUUGGAGAUGGACAAUUAUGUUGCUUUGUCGAAGAAGGAUCUGGAGCUCAACAUCACGCUGAAUGAGGUCUAUGCUACCCACAAUUUGUUGGAAAAGCAUGCGAAAGAGCUGCUCCAGGGGAGGGAUACGGAACAUCUUACAAUUCUCCUUCAAGAGCUGGGACCUGCGCCUCCGCAGGUCCCCAGAAAGGAGAAUAGGGCUAUUAUCCUGCCCUUGUUCAGUCGUUGGGAGAGUGCUCUUGACGAUCUAUCAGCGGCUUUAGAUAUCACUCAAGAAGAUGUCUAUUUCAUGGAAGCCAAGUCAAUCUUCGUUCAAUUGCUGCGAACGCUUCCUCCAAUAUCUGCGGCUGUCCGCAGGCCCCUCAAUCUUAAGAAGAUAGCGGAUGUUGCGGCUACAACUAAGGAUAUUGGAACAUUCCGUAAAGGGAUAAGGGGCUUGGAACUGCUAAACCAAUUGAAGGACUUGGGUGUUAUUAGUGAGGUGGAUGAGUACCAGAUUCUUCGGGAGGAAGUGGAGCAGGAGUUGGUCCAUCUCGGGUCCCUUAAGGAGAAGGUUACCGAGGAAUCGUUGAAGCUCGAUGAGGUCUACAAAACCAUCCGCGAUCACAACGCGUACUUGGUCUCUCAACUGGAAACCUACAAGUCGUAUCUGCAUAACGUCCGUAGCCAGUCCGAAGGGAAACAACGUGGCAAGCAGCAGAAGCAGCAUGUUCUUGGCCCGUAUAAGUUCACGCAUCAACAACUUGAGAAGGAGGGUGUUAUUCAGAAGAGCAAUGUUCCGGAUAAUAGACGUGCAAAUAUCUUCUUCACCAUCACUUCUCCUACACCAGGAACUUUUGUUAUCUCAUUACAUUACAAAGGGCGAAAUCGAGGGCUCCUGGAACUCGACCUCAAAUUGGAUGAUCUACUCGAAAUGCAACAAAACAAUCACGACGAAUUGGAUCUGGAAUACGUACAGUUUAAUGUCCCAAAGGUGUUGGCCUUACUUAACAAACGAUUUGCUAGGAAGAAGUGGUAA